AUGCCUCUCGGGAUCAAUAACCCGCUUCCUUCGUCACUGGCCAGUGAAUGUAAGAAGGCGGCCAAGAUCCUCACCUCCUUCGUCGACCCCAGGCAAGCAUUCGGACCCGACAAGGUCAUUCCGCCCGAGAUUCUGGCAAACGCUAAGGUGAGAACUCUUCGAUUCCCUGUUGCCUCCGAGAGCGGGGGCACUCGUUCAGAUCAACGGCUGACCCAAUUUUGUCAACAGGGACUUGCUAUCUUGACCGUCCUCAAAGCUGGAUUCAUUGGCUCUGGUCGAUUAGGAUCAGGGAUCGUGAUCGCCCGGCUCGCUGAUGGCACUUGGUCAGCUCCUUCGGCUAUUGCGACCGGCGGCGCGGGAGUAGGUGGUCAGAUUGGGUUCGAAUUGACCGACUUCGUCUUCAUUCUCAAUGAUGCCUCCGCUGUGCGCACAUUCUCCCAAGUCGGCACACUCACUCUCGGUGGAAACGUGGGGGUCGCGGCGGUCUUUUCCUACUCCAAGACGAAGGGUCUCUUCGCCGGUGUCAGUUUGGAAGGCAGUAUGCUCAUAGAGCGCAAGGAUGCGAACGAGAAAAUGUACCACAGCCGUGUCUCUGCCGCCCAGCUGCUCUCGGGUAGCGUGCGGCCCCCGCCCUCUACCGAUGCGUUGAUGCGCGUUCUCGAAUCCCGGGUCUUCCAGGGCAAUGUACGGAUGAACAGCGACUCUAUGUACAACGACGUGCCCGUAUACGACGACAGGCAUGACGACUUGGUUUGGGAGGGUCGGAGAGGAGAUGCCUAUGGCCAAGGCACACGACGCGAACGUUCAAAUACUUAUGAUGGCUACGACUACCGUGAUAGUCCUCGCCGGACGAAUACAUGGCAAGACGAUACCUACGAUCAACCUACCGGAGGUUUCAGCCGCUCUUCGACCUAUAGCAAUACCGUUGGUGGCUAUGGUAGCCGUAGCCGUAGUAAUACUGCUGGCUACGAUGAUGAUUAUAGCUACUCUGACCGUCGCCCUACUCGUCCUUCUGCGCCGAAGCCGGUUUUUAGCCAGAAGACGGGCCAGGGUGCGGGACUACGGUCUGACCAGGCGAUCGCAUUGUAUACAUUUGAUGCAGAUCAGGACGGUGAUCUUGGAUUCAAGAAGGGUGAGAUCAUUACCAUUCUGAAGCGGACAGAGAAAGCGGAGGAUUGGUGGACAGGCAGGAUCGGCGACCGCGUUGGAAUCUUCCCCAGCAACUAUGUUGAUGCUUCUUAA